AACUGAAAGCUCUAUGGCGGUGUUUUCCAGAGUGACUUCUAAGCGAAAUAAAUACGUUUCACGUUCUUAUAUUGUGGUAAGAUGAUUCAUCAGCACACCAACUGUGAACUGUAGUCAAAGGACGAAUAUAUUAAGCCGUAAUCAGAAGUGAUGGAAAACGUACAGGAGAAUUCGGAGCCGAGCAGUGCUCUUUACCGUCCAUGGAUGGAGCCAGAAACUCCUGACUCCCUCAACAACGCCUGUUUGUUGAAUGAUAGCGAUUUUAUUUUGCAAGACCCUGGGCUUUCUCAUGAAUUGUUCCCCACUAUCAUCCCAGAGACCCCUAGCCCCAUGACUAACAGAAGAAAAUGGCAUUCCCCAAAAGAUGAUGACACAAGUGUGGCUACAUCGUUUCAUUCAGAUGGUAGAAAAUGGGAAAGACGAGAAAAUAUUCCUGGAUACCUCAGUACGCCUAUAAGCUCCCAAAGAACAAUCAAGCGACGUAAACUGGAGAACUCAAAUGCAGCUGCAGCAGUCCAUGGAAACUCCACCGUUACACCAGAAGUGAAUGGAUUUGUAACUGCCUCAUCUCUUUUACCAUCUCAUUUUACAUGGCUAGAGUCUCCACGCCCAGCAACCUCCUCGGCUUCCCAUCCUCCUGCUUCUUCCAAACCCUCUUCUUCUGCUGGGUCUUCAGCAUGUGCACUGGAUCCAAUCAGUGAUCAGACAUGUUUAAAUGAGCUUUUAGGAAUGGGUCACACCUCUAAGCAUAAGACGAUUAGCACCGGCAAUGGAAGGGAACAGAGAUCCAAAAAGACUAUCUAUAGCAUGAAUCGAUCUAGAGCCUCUAUAUCUACAUCAGCGGAGCCAAAGACAGACUACCCUUUACUUGCCAUAGAGGAACAUAAUUUACAGCAUGAUACAGUGGAGAGAAUACGAGGACCAGUAAAUGCAUCCAUAUGUCAGAUACCAGAAGAUGUUGUCAUCAUAGAGGAUGACGCUGAUGAUAUUGCAGGUGAUGUUAUGGUCCGUUCAGUUCAGUUGGCUGAGGAUGAGGCAUACGCCAGAAGCCUUCAGGAACAAUUUGAUAUAGAGGAGCGAAUGGAGCAGGAGCAGCGGAGGCUACAGUCCAGAACACAAUGUAGAAAUAACACCAACCAAAUGGUUGAUCCUCAUGUUGGCUUGGGUUGGAUCUCUCCCUGGACCUCAAUGAUCAACUCGGCAUCAUUCUCACAUGGAGCCUCUGGGUUUUCAGAGCUGCAGCAGCUCAUGUUUGGAGAGCAAUCCCGAAGACAACAGGUAGACCGUCAGACUAGCAGAACUCGUAAUUCACGUCGUCGGCAACCUUCUCACUUGCAUAUGGACAUGUUUGAUGACUCGCAGGGAAAUAAUUACGAGGCUCUUUUAGCAUUUGAGGAGCAACAAGGUGCUGUAGCCAAAAACACUCUGAGCAAGGCAGAGAUCGAAAUGCUGCCCACAAAAGCUUAUGAUCCUUCACAGAGUGCAGAAAAGACAGACUGUCAGAUCUGUUUCAGUGAGUACAAAGCAGGCGAGCGGCUCCGAAUACUUCCAUGUCUCCAUGACUACCAUGUGAAGUGCAUUGAUCGCUGGUUAAAGGAGAAUGCCACCUGCCCAAUCUGCAGAGCAGAUAUAUCAAAAUGUGGUGGUUUUUCUUAAGAACGCACAAGUUCAGGACUCAGUAUCUACCUCAGAGCUGGAAGUGUGAUCCCUAUCUGAAUUUAAAUGUUACUGUGAAGUCUUACUUGGAGUAUUGUUAAACACUUUUAAAUGUAUAACAUGCUGGUUCAAACAUUAAACAAGUCAAUGCCAAGAAACUGAUUUAUUAUUUAGAAAGACCCUUUUAAAACACAUCAGACACAGCGAUAUUGUAUCACACCAGUGGCAACGAACCUGUUAAAGGCAUAGUUUACCUACAAAAAUACAUUUUGUCAUCACUUACUCACCCUCAUUUUUUUCCAAACUCAUUUGACUUUCUUUGAUGU